CGCACAACAGGUUGAAGUCAAGCGGGGUUCCCAAAUACGAAUGGGGCAAUACAAGGCAUCCAUAUUGCCAUAAUAUCACCAUCCCAAAACGAAAUCAAUUAUGUGAACAGAAAAGGCCAGGUGGAACGCGCAACUCGUUCAUUCUGCAGAACAGGUGGCUUAUUGGACUCCGCAAUCCUCUUUGGCAUUAGUUUUUCUGUUCUCGGAUCUUAAUGUGGAGUAUGGGCUGGACGCUGCUAAUCCUUCUGGUUGUUCUGACCGUGGUCCACGGGAACCCGACCGUGACGGUCAGAACUGGGUCAGGACCAACAGUGGGGUUCGAUCAACACCCAAACAGUGUUCCUCUGGGAGAGGACAUACAGACCACUACAGAGGGGGAAAGCGAGGUGGUGGAGGAAGUGAUGACGACUGGCGUGCUGAACCCGAGUCACUACCCUGCCCGCCGGGCAGCCACGGUUGUCCAACACUACCUGAACACCCGCUACGGCUCACCCUACAGGUGGAUCUUUCUCAGCACAGUACACAGCGGCAGCGCGGAGGAUGUGGCAGAGAUGGGGAGGAAGUAUCAACUGGAGCUUACCAUGCAGGAGAUGAUCAGUAACGUUUCGGGGCAGUGCUCUGCGGAGCUCUUCUUUCCAGGGGGAGAGGGGCAGAGUGCUCCCCAGGUCCAGGCCUCCUGUGAGGGACUGCAUCAAAGCAACACCACGGCUCAGGAAGAGGCCUUCUACCAGCAACACAGAGCCAGCAAUAACCUAGUGUCAGGAAACAAUAUACCAGACAGCUACGGUCACAUGGAGCCCAGCAUGAAGCCCUUCUGGCAACUGGGGGGCGUGGCCUCCAGUUUCAUCAUGCUGAGGGAGUCCAAUGAGAGCACGCUUUACAACAUGGCCCAGGUGGCCAACUUCACACAGCUGGAGACGGAGAAGGACCAGCUGAGGUUCAACUACCACGUCCUGCUGCACGAAAUGAUUUCCCAGGAGAUAAUCCACUGGAAGCUGCUAGUCACCUGGUCCCCAGAACAGGGAGUUCAAGUCCUGCAGACUGAGCUGCAGCCAAAGUGCCACCACUGCGAGGCUCCUCCAAACACCACCAACUGAGAUACACGGGGGGAAAACGCUCCAGAGCCUUACUGAAGUACUGCAGGGAAGAGUACAACCCAUCUCUUUCUUAGGCCUUGAAGGGUAAAAGCCACCUUCUACCUGCUUUGAAAAGCUGAGCUUUACACUUCACACUUGUCUUGGCUUCAGUAAUUAUGUUUACCUUCACCGCCACUACUGCUUCAGAGGAGGUGAGAGGGCACACGUCAAUGGCCUGCAGCUAUAUGCCGAAUGCACUGUUUUUACUGGUCAGCUUGUAAGACUCUUGGUAAGCUAUAACAAUGUGUUUCAACUUGUUGUUCAUAUACUCCAUUGGCUCGCUUCACUUCGUCAAUAAAGCUGUCGCUGUACACAA